CCACGCCACGUCAUCACCACCUCCCAUUUCUCAGAUCAAACGCCCCCAAUCUCUCUCUCUCUCUCUCUCUCUCUCUAACAAUGGCGACUGGUUUGGUCCGUCGAGCAAUAUCUAGGGUUCAGUCCUCCCCGGCGGCGAAGCUGGUAUGCAUCCGAGCCCACGCAUCGGAGGUCGAAGCUCAACAAGUCGAACCAAAAGCCCGACCUCUCUCCGACUCCAAAACCUUCCAAAUCUACCGAUGGAACCCCGAAAACCCUAGCAAACCCGAGCUCCAAGACUUCCAGAUCAACCUCAAGGAAUGCGGUCCCAUGGUCCUCGACGCCCUCAUCAAGAUCAAGAACGAGAUCGACCCAACCCUAACCUUCCGACGAUCAUGCCGCGAGGGAAUUUGUGGUUCUUGCGCGAUGAACAUCGACGGCUGUAAUGGACUAGCGUGCUUGACGAAGAUUCCAGAGGGGAAAUCGUCGACGAUCACUCCGCUGCCGCAUAUGUUUGUGGUGAAGGAUUUGGUGGUGGAUAUGACGAAUUUUUAUAAUCAGUAUAAGAGUAUUGAGCCCUGGUUGAAGAGGAAGAAUCCUCCGCCGGUGACCGGGAAGGAGGUUCCCCAGAGCAAGAAGGAUAGGGAGAAGCUUGAUGGGAUGUAUGAGUGUAUAUUGUGUGCUUGCUGUAGCACAUCCUGCCCUAGCUAUUGGUGGAACCCUGAGUCUUAUUUGGGUCCUGCUGCCCUCCUCCAUGCUAAUCGGUGGAUAAUGGAUAGCCGUGAUGAAUAUACCAAGGAACGCCUCGAUGCAAUAUGUGAUGAGUUCAAGCUAUACCGCUGCCAUACGAUAUUGAAUUGUGCACGUGCCUGCCCAAAAGGACUCAACCCUGGAAAGCAAAUUACGAACAUCAAACAGCUUCAGCUUUCAAAUGGUAUCUAAGAAGUGUGAUGGUGUGCAAUAAUUUCUCAUUCAGGAAUAUUAUUGUGAAGGACUAGUAUUUGUUCAAGUUAUAAUGUGUAGCAAUUUGCGUGAAUCGUUUCGUGUACCUUUCGGAAUCAAAGGUCUUUGUUUUGAAUAAAUUUUCAUAGAACGUAAGAGUUCUUUUGACUUAACUUGGGUUUGUGUUUUAAUAGCAGUACUUGUUUUACAAUA